AUUCCAGUCUUUUACUUAUCAAUUUAUUAGCUCUUGCAAUUUGGUUCAACAUGCAACAGUGAAACAUUUUCAUUUUUUUAGUAGUGCACAUAGCAAGCUUACCUGCAAAAUAUUUACCAGAACGUCACUGCCUGACAGACAGCUGUUGACUACACUACCACUUACAUCUUUGCUGAAAAAUAUUUUCAUAUUAUUAUGCUAAUAUCUUGAUAACGAAUUGUUAGCUGCUAUUAAUAUUAUGUUCAUAUAUAAUAAUGUUUAUUGUUGCUGCUGACUUGUAUUAAUGCAGCUAGUAAUACAUCUUUGAAUACGACAGGAAUUGUAUGAAACUAGUUCAUGUUUGGCAAUAUUGUCUUGACUACACUAGGGGCGGUAUAGGCGCUAAGUGUGACUACCAGCUCCGGAGUUCAAUAUCUACGGUCAUGCUUGCUACUGCUAAUGCUAACGUUAGCCGGUAAAUCCAGUUAAUUGCUGGGACUGUCCCAGUAACGACCAGUAACGGCUUUGCUCAUUGCAGUGUUCCUGGAGGGCUUCUCCAUUUAUAUUUAAGUUAUCGAGGCGCAGAUGCAGAUCUUUGGCUGUCCGGGGGGGUCCGUUCGGCCUUUUGGAAUGAAUGUCUGAUAAAGGUGAUGCUGAAGAAGAACCUCCCCACCUGCUCUGGGGGCUGGACCCCGUCUUUAAAGCCUUUGCCAGGCUUUAUGUUAAGGACAUACUACAGAUGAGACAGUCACGACAAGUUCCAGGGAUCUAUUUCUAUAAGACCCAUCCAGUGUUCCAGGUGGAUGUGCUAGGUACUGUUGUAUACAGACGGGAGAGAGAAGACUUCUGCUGCUAUGGAGUGGAUGACAGUACUGGAGUCAUCAACUGCUUGUGCUGGAAAGAUGAAAAGUGGAGAGAUUUUGGAGACUCAGUUAAGGGACGAGGAGGCGGAGUCUUUGACGCAGAGGAGCAGCUGAGGAAGCUGCGGGAGGCCCAGAGGAGCAGGAUGGAACUGGACAUUGGAGACGUGCUCCGAGUGCGUGGCACCGUCAAAACCUCCCGCCAGCAGAGGGAGAUCAUGGCCUCCUGCUUUUAUAAAGUGAGCGACCCGGUGAUGGCUGUCCAGAUUUCGCGCAUGCUGGAGAUGCCCAGCCUCUACAGGGACUGCUAUGACAGGCCUUUCUCGGUUCCUCCCCAUCAGGCCGGCACCGCCGCUGCUGCUGAGCCUGGUGGGCUCUCUGACUUCCAGUUGCUGCUGGGCCGGGCGGGUCGCAUCCUGAAGGAGUUCCUGCGAGAGAAGGAGGUGGCCAGAUUUCGGCCCUACGACGUGGAGUACCUCCUCCACCCCUUGCUCCCGCGGCCUGCUGCGACCCCGUCAGUGGGCCAGGAGUUGCCUUCUGCUGCACCGCCGUUUGCCACGCAGGUCUGGAACCUUCUCAAAGAUUCGCUGAAGAUUCUCCAGGACGAAGGGGAGAUAUUCCGUAAAGUGCUGUCCCCAGAUGAGGUUUACAACGUAACUGAACAGGACAAAGAUCUGCUUGCUGCCAUAAUGGACGUCUUACGAGAAGAUUCCAAAAGGGAGAAAUACACCGAGAAAGGCUGCCAUGUCCUGCAUGUCCUGUCCAGCGUGAGGCAGCGCUACAGCCGGAACCUCAGCAGAGAAGCACUGCAGGUCGCGCUCAGGCUCUUAGAAUGCAAUAGUGACAUCAUCAGCACCACGGACUCGCACUACACCGUCCUGUAGUGGUGAGUUUUGCAGACGCCUCGGUGUCCAGAAACCCGUCUGCAGGAGGACGACUCGGGUGUGGGUUUUUUUUGUUUGUUUUGUUUUGUUUUCCCCAGGCGCAUGGAACGAUGCAGUGGCGGUAUGAAAAAUGCUCAGAGCUUCUGAUCAAAGAUCCUGCAAUGCAGUGUUGGGAAUCUUUCUCUUUUUGGGCUGUUUAACUUGUCACCACCCACCUUUCAUGUUUUUCUGUUUCUCAUAGCAGACGGUUGUGUACGUGCCGCACCAUCUGGAAGUGCUAUGCACAGAUUUCAGUUGGUUUAUUACUUGCUAACAUAUAGUGUGCCUUUUAAACGGCUUGCCUUUUAAAAAUCAGUUUUCAUAGCACCAAUCUGGAAAGCCUAAAUGCAUUUAGUCUAAUUUAAUGAAAUUGUAUUCUAAGGUAUAGUCUGCAGUCUACAGGAAAAAUGUUCCUUGAUAGUCACAAAAAGUAUUAGUUAAAAUUAUUGCGCAUUUUUAAAAUUAUUAAAGUGACAAGGUCUACUGAAUAAAGCAUUCUGUGAAGAUGAAGCUAAAACACUUCAACAUUUAGGCAUCUAUGAGUAACACAAGGACUGGGGAAGAGUGGCGCUAGGUGGAGAAACCGGAAAGACAUUUUUUUUUCAGAAUCUUUUCCGAUUUGUCAACUUUAAGGAAAUGCCUUAAAUCAUGCUACAAAUGUAAAAAUGUCCUUUAGGCAAAAAGAACCAUUUCUUUUCUCCCAAUAUUUUAACUAAUGCCUCAACAAGCGUUUACCAUGUACAAAAAUGCAUGUGCAAACUUUUGCCACAGGAGGGCAGCGCGAACAUACCAAUCCCCGCUGUCCACGAGAACAACUGUAUCCAUGCAGUUUUCUUGCACUGCUGCCAGCCUAUUGGCAGCAGACAGGCUGUUCAUAAUAAACACUGCUGAAAUAA